AUGACAUUUACUACAAAGUCGACCGCAUUUGCGGCGGCAGCCUUGUUCGGGUCGACCACAUUGGCGGCUACUUCGAGCUAUUGCCCGCGCAACGAUAUUAACAGCGGGCCAUGCUACAGCUGGGGCGUCCCUGAUGCCAGUGGCAACAUCUAUUUUCAGAUCAAGGCUCCUGCUACGUAUUCCUGGGCAGGCCUCGGCAUCGGCUCCAGCAUGUCUGACGCUGAUGUUUUCAUCAUUUACACAGAUGGCACAGGCAAUGUUACUCUUAGCCCUAGGAUUGCUGUCGGCGAGACGUCUCCGCAACAGACCACUCGAGAUGACUUGACACUCCUUGCUGGAUCCGGAGUCAUCGAUGGCCAGAUGGUUGCCAAUGUUAAGUGCACAAAGUGCCCCAAGAUUGCCAAUCUUAAGGGCGUCAAUGACUGGAUCUCUGCCUGGAAUACGGGUGGCCCUCUAAACUCUGCCAGCGUCACACAAAGGAUUGCCUACCACACCCCUGGCAACCAUGCGGCCUUCCAGCUCGACUUCUCCAAGGCACAGAUUUCGAGUGACGCGAACCCUUUCGUAGGCGGCGGCGAGACGCCUGUGAGCAAUCCAGGCGGCAACAAUGGCAACAACGGCAACAGUAUUGUUGAAAUCGCUCCCACGACGAGCCCAAUGGUAUAUGCACACGGUAUUAUCAUGAUGAUUCUGUUUACAGCCAUGUAUCCACUUGGUGCCGUACUUAUGCCUCUCCUCGGCAACUGGAUCAUCCAUGCUUGCUGGCAAACCGUUGCCAUCUUCGCCAUGUGGGCUGCCUUUGGUAUUGGCUAUGUUAUUGCAAACGGUGCAGGCCAGUUCUUUAAGAGUACGCACACGCAGCUCGGCGUCUUCGUCUGCGCGCUGCUAAGUAUCCAGCCUCUUUUGGGAUGGCAUCAUCAUCAGAUGUACCGCAAGCAUCAGAGACGCACCGGGGUAAGCCAUGUGCACAUCUGGUACGGGCGUGCUAUUAUGAUUCUUGGUGUCAUCAAUGGUGGCCUCGGUCUUCAGCUUGCCAACACCAAGGGCGCUAUGAUGUACGCGUACAUUGUCAUGGCUGCUAUCUUUUGGUCGAUAUAUAUUGUUAGCGUGGUUUUCAAGACUCUCAGACCCAGCCAGACGAAGCCGAAGGAAGUUCAUGAGGGUUCGCAAGCCAGGCAUGCAUAG